CAGGAAGUGUAAUUACAGGUAAACAAAUUUCUAUUCUGUUAAGCCAAAAGGCUGUUUUCUAUCGAUUGUUUUGACUGCCCUUGUACAUCACAUUGACAAAAUAUUGUUAAAAAAAAAAUGUCUGGAAGUUUUUAUUUUGUCAUGGUUGGCCAUCAUGACAACCCUGUUUUUGAAAUGGAGUUCCUGCCGGCUGGGAAAGCUGAAUCAAAGGACGACCAUCGGCAUCUGAACCAGUUCAUCGCUCAUGCAGCCCUGGACUUGGUGGAUGAAAACAUGUGGCUGUCCAACAACAUGUACUUGAAAACUGUGGACAAGUUCAAUGAGUGGUUUGUCUCCGCCUUUGUCACUGCAGGACAUAUGAGAUUGAUCAUGCUGCAUGAUGUGCGACAAGAGGAUGGAAUCAAAAACUUUUUUAACGAUGUGUAUGAUUUAUACAUUAAGUUUGCAAUGAAUCCCUUCUACGAAAUCAACGCACCGAUCCGUUCAACAGCAUUUGAUAGGAAAGUCCAGUUUCUCGGCAAGAAGCAUCUCCUGAGUUAAUGGCCUCACACACAGAAUAACAUGGAUACAUUUUGUAUAUCUUUUUGUAUAUAUUUUCUUUCCCAUGCAAUAGCUGUGUCACCUGUCUGAUGUCAAUGUGUUGUCUUACUUUUUUGUUGUUGUCAUUCAAUAAGGUUACAUCUAUAGAAAAAUAAAACAAUCAAUAUUUAAAAUGUA